UGAUGUUUAGUCAGCCGACUGAAAACAACAACAUUCAGAGCUCUGUUAGUCUGAAUUAGACGGAGCCGCCCGGUGGUAAUAACGGUGACUUCUCCCGGGGAUAAUAACGGUGUUAACGCUCCUUUCUCCCGGAGAUUCCCCGACGUAGGGUGAGCAGGGAGCGGACAGAGAUGUGGAUCCAGCCGGAGGAGGUGCUGCUGGCCGGUGCGCUGUGGGUCUCCGAGCGGGCCAACCCGUUCUUCAUCCUGCAGAGGAGGAGAGGGCACGGCCGGGGGGGAGGACUGUCCGGUCUGCUGGUUGGGACUCUGGAUGUGGUUCUGGACUCCAGUGCCAGAGUGGCUCCUUACAGGAUCCUUCUGCAGACCGCCGACUCUCAGAUCUACUGGAACAUCGCCAGUGGCUCAUCCAGGAAGGAGAUCACGGAGCACUGGGAUUGGCUGGAAUCCAACCUGCUGCAGACAAUCUCCAUCUUUGACAACGAUGAAGACGUCACCACCUUUGUCAAAGGAAAGAUAUCUGGCAUUAUUGCAGAGGAGAACCGGCUGAAGCAGGGCGAGGAACAGGAAGAAGAUUGUGGGAAAUUUCGAGAGGCGGAGCUGAAGAUGAGGAGGCUGUUUGGGAUGCCUGACGAGGAGAAGCUCGUGAAUUAUUACUCCUGCAGCUUCUGGAAAGGCAGAGUGCCGCGGCAGGGCUGGCUCUACCUAUCCGUCAACCACCUGUGCUUCUACUCCUUCCUGUUGGGCAAGGAGGUGACCCUGGUGGUGCAGUGGUCGGAGGUGACCCAGCUGGAGAAGAACGCCACCCUGGUAUUUCCGGAGAGCGUUCGUGUCAGCACGCGUCACACCGAGCAUUUCUUCUCCAUGUUCCUUAACAUCAACGACACCUUCAAGCUCAUGGAGCAGCUUGCCAACAUCGCAAUGCGCCAGCUACUCGACAACGAGGCAUUUGCUGCCGACCGCUCGCUGCCUAAACCCUGCAAGACACUCAAGAACGUCUCUGCGCUCAAGAGGGAUUUGGACGCGCGGGCAAAGAACGAGAGGUACCGGACAAUGUUCCGUCUGACGCAGGACGAGCGUCUGGAUGGACACACGGACUGCACGCUGUGGACGCCAUUUGCUAAGAUGCACGUAGUCGGACAGCUUUUCAUCUCUAACAACUACAUCUGUUUUAACAGCAGAGAAGAAGACUUGUGUCAGCUCAUCAUCCCCCUCAGAGAGGUGUCCAUUGUGGAGAAGGCGGACAGCAGCAGCGUCCUGCCCUGUCCCGUCUCCAUCAGCACCAAGAACAAGAUGAACUUCUUGUUCGCCAACCUCAAAGACAGAGACUUCCUGGUCCAACGCAUCUCCGACUUCCUGCAGCGAACGCCCGACAGCUCGUGGGGCGACACCAGCCCACUAUCUCUGAUUGGUCACUCGGGCUCCUCCAGCGCCCCCUCCUGCCCGGCCGCAGGGUCUGACUCCGUCCACAGGGGGCGUCAUUACCACGCUGCUCUGCCCACAGCCAGCCAGGGUCUGCUGCAGCUCUACCACCGAGAUGCUCCAGAGGACCUCGGACCCAAAGCCAUGAAGGAGAAGAUGAAAGAGGAGGCGUGGAACAUCCAUUUCUCAGAGUUUGGUCGAGGAGUCUGCAUGUACCGAACGUCCAGAACCAGAGAACUGGUCCUCAACGGGAUCCCAGAGCGUCUGAGAGGAGAGCUGUGGCUGCUGUUCUCUGGAGCGCAGAACGAGAUGGCGACCCACCCUGGUUAUUAUGGCGACCUGGUGGAGCAGGCGAUGGGUUUGUGCUCUUUGGCCACCGAGGAGAUUGAGCGUGACCUCCACCGCUCGAUGCCCGAGCACCGCGCCUUCCAGAACGACACGGGCAUCGCCGCGCUGCGCCGCGUCCUCACAGCCUACGCCCACCGCAACCCCGGCAUCGGAUACUGCCAGGCGAUGAACAUCGUCACUUCCGUGCUGCUGCUUUACUGUCCCGAGGAGGACGCCUUCUGGCUGCUGGUGGCGCUGUGUGAGCGCAUGCUGCCCGACUACUACAACACCAGGGUCGUAGGUGCUUUGGUGGAUCAGGGGGUGUUCGAGGAGCUGACCCGGGCCUUCUUGCCCCUGCUGCAUGAACACAUGCAGGCGCUGGGAGUCAUCUCCACCAUCAGUCUGUCCUGGUUCCUCACCCUCUUCCUGUCUGUGAUGCCCUUUGACAGCGCCGUCCUGUUGGUCGACUGCUUCUUCUACGAGGGCAUCAAGGUCAUAUUCCAGGUGGCGCUUGCUGUGCUGCAUGACAACAUGGAUGCCCUGCUGUCCUGCAACGACGAGGGAGAGGCCAUGACCAUCCUGGGCAGGUACCUGGAUAAUGUAGUGAAUAAACAGACUGUGGCCCCGCCCAUCCCUCACCUGCACGCCCUGCUGACGAGCGGAGACGAUCCUCCGCCUGAGAUCGACAUCUUUGACCUCAUCAAAUCGUCCUACGAGAAGUUCGGCAGCCUGCGCUCUGAUGUCAUCGAGCAGAUGAGGUUCAAGCAGAGGUUAAAGGUCAUCCAGUCACUGGAGGACACUGCCAAGAGGAGCGUGGUGAGAGCGAUGAUGACGGAGUCGGCCUUCAGUAUCGAGGAGCUGGAAGAGCUGUACUGUCUCUUUAAGUCUAAACACAUGACGAGCUGUUACUGGGGCUCCAGCAGCUCUGCAGCCGAACGUCACGACCCCAGCCUCCCCUACCUGGAGCAGUACCGCAUCGACCCGGCUCAGUUCACCCAGCUGUUCGCCGCGCUUGCGCCCUGGACCUGCGGUGGACACACCUCUGCGCUGUCCGCCCGCCUCUUCAGACUCCUGGACCAGAACCAGGACGGGCUGGUGAACUUCAAAGAGUUCAUCACCGGCCUCAGUGGAAUGUAUCACGGAGACAUGACGGAGAAACUAAAACUUUUUUACAAGCUCCAUUUGCCCCCAGCUCUGUGUCCUGAAGAGGCAGAAUCUGCUCUGGAGGCAACACACUUCUUCACCGAGGACGAACCACGAGAGUCUUCCUUCCUGUCUGAUCUGGCCUCUUUGGCGCAGCAGGAAGUGACCUCAGGUGAGGAGGGGAUGGAUGAAGAGGACGAGGAGAAGAAAGUUUCGGAGGAGAAGCUGAAGGACUACAGGUACUACCUGAGGAUGUGGGCCAAAGAGAAGGAACCCAAGACCGAGACCAUCAAAGACCUGCCCCGCAUGAACCAGGAGCAGUUUAUAGAUGUGUGUAAGACUCUGUACAACAUGUUCAGCGAGGAGCCUCAGGAGCAGCAGCUUUAUCACGCCAUCGCCACCGUUGCCAGCCUGCUGCUGAGGAUCGGAGAGGUGGGUAAGAAGUUCAACAACGGCAGCAAGAAGUCCGACCCCGCCACUGCUCAGGCCCCGCCUCCUGACCCUCAGAGGCAGGGGGGGGCAGGUGAGGCUCAGGUGUGCCGGGCUCUGGCCGACGCUCAGCUCGAGCCGGCGGCGGCGCAGACGUCGGACGAGGAAGCCCGAGACGACACGUCUGUUUCCUCGUACUCGGUGGUGAGCACUGGCUCGCUGCAGUGCGAGGACAUCGGCGACGACACCGUGCUGAUCGGUGGCGGCGAGUCAAGGCGCCGCGGCAGUGUGCUCGAUGUCGAUUGGUCGAUUACCUUCGAGCAGGUGCUGGCAUCGUUGCUGACAGAGCCGGCGCUCGUCGACUACUUCGAGAGGAAGAGGGACAUCCAGAACAAGAUGGUCGCAUGUAAGGCCCAGCGGGCGGUGGAGCGCAAGACGAGCUCCGCCUCUGACCACGAACUCACUCACCUGUCCACCUGACUCACCCGUCCACCUGACUCACCCGUCCACCUGACUCACCUGUCCGCCUGACUCACCUGUCCGCUUGACUCACCUGUCCACCUAACUCACCUCUCUACCUGACUCACCUCUCUACCUGACUCACCUCUCUACCUGACUCACCUCUAGAGCUGCAACUAAUGAUGAUUAUCAUUAUUUUCACUCUGGAUUAAUCUUCAGAUUAUUUUCCACAUUUAUAGUUGGUGUAUAAAAUGUCAGAAGAUUGUGAAAAUGUCCCCAGUUUCUCAAGUCCGAGUGGAAUGGACUUGAGCAGGAAACACAUAAUGUACGUUUAUUUCUUUAUUUGUUAAAUGUGAUGCAGAUAAUCAAACUAACACACACUAACAGACGAGCAGAAGCCCCCAAACAAAAUCACAUCUAUAUAAUCAAAUAAUUUCUUUUUUCUGUAAAUAAUCGAGUCCUAAAACUUUCUUAAAAUCAGUGAAAGAAUCUGAAGAUUAUUUUAGUUUUAGGGAUAAAAGUCGACCAAGCACCUGAAUAUUAGAGAAAAAGUUCAAAUAAAUGUUCAUUGGUUUUAAGAAAAUAAACUUUAAGGAAAGAAUUAACAAUAUCUCGAGAAAAUAAAAUGUUAGUUUCCUUCUGUACAGUUCUGCUAUAUUAACUUUAUAUUAAUAAAAUCAUGUUUCACUCAGGUGAGUUCACCACCUGAAGACAUUU